CUACUACUACUAGCUCCUGCUUCUCAGUGAGCCAGAGCCAUGGAUUCCUCGUCACGGGGGUGGACCAUGCAAAUACUGUGAGCAGGCAUGGUCCUGCUCCUCACCGAGUGCCGGAAAGCUCCGGGGAGGACUUUGUUGAGCGAGACUACAGAACCUCUUCCUAUAAAAGUCUGAGUGACCUUCGAAUGGCAGCCAGUGCGGUUCAUACGGUCCUAUUAGACUGUGUUGUAGAUCUACAUCAUUACAUGUAACAUUACUGGAAUGAUUACGCUUCGGUAGCAACAGGACUUAUCCUUCAAUCAUGGCGGCUUGUCUUGAAGCAUCGGGUAAGCGACAGUGUGUGCUGUUCUGCUCCUACAUAGCCGUCGACGCCUUCGAGCGUGCCUGCACACCGUCCCUCCUGGCCAAGAUCAAAUCUCUGCUCGGUAGGACGUGGCGAGAGCGCUGCAGAGAGCUGGUCGGCGGAACCGUCAAGGAUUACAUUCCUUCGGAAGCUGCGGAACAGGCAGAUAUUUACCUGCUGUGCUCCCUGAUGGUGAAGCUCAACAGUCAGCUAAUGGGAUGUCGACGUUCCGUCGCGGUCACCAAACCGUUCCUCUGGUGUCCUGCACAAGAUUCCCCAGUAGGAAACGAUGUAGCCGACGAAGCGAGAGUUAUCGAUGAGAUCCAGGCCGAGGGUGUUGCAGAAUGUCCGGGUAAGAGUGCAGGGCUUGAUGAUGACUGCCGUAGAGUCGGCGAAUCACAGUCCUCGCCGGUCAGUGUGUUUCGCUGCGAGGAAGUGGCCGACUCCAUGCGACACUUGGCUAAUGUGUUGCUCGUGUUCCGACAGAAGCUGUUCCAUGAACCCCACGUCCUGUCGAUAGGAGAGGUGCUGUCUUCAUUGCUUUGCAUGCAGGAGCUGUGUGAGUUACUCUCCAGCUCUUGUUCAUUUCCUGAAGUUCCCCAGCUUGGGCCAAGCCAGCAAGGGGAUUUCCCCGUGCUGGAUGAGCACAGGAGACAAGAAGCACUUGGAGAGCUGCACCUUGCAAUAGUUGAGAUAAGACACUUGGCAGAAGUAAGCAGCCAGGAAGGUAAUGUUAGUAGUGGAGGAUGCAGCGGCCAUGCUUCUGGUAAUGGCUACCAGGCAAGCAAGAUCGAUGCUGGCCUCCAGCAGGUCACAGCUUCACGACGCCUUGCUUUGAAGAUGAUUGGACUGGCGACUCUGCGCAGUCUCUCGCUUGAGCUUCAGCCAAUCGUGCUGUACAUCCAACAUGGCCAGGAUGCAUCAUCAGCAGCUGCUAUCCACGACAAUCCAGGCAUGCAAGUACACACUGACAUACAAACUAUGUACAUAUAUCUGAAGAAGGGGGUCCUGGCCUGUCACAAGGCAUGUAUGGCCGAUGCGGGCAGCACUGGUCCUGGCCGGGCCGAAGACAGAGCCAAGAUGAUGGAGAGCUACUCAAGACUGGAGGACAGGCUACUUCGCAACGCUUCGGUUGCGUUUCCGAAGCCCCAAAAGGUGCCUGACGGUCGUGGCCUGAUGACCAAGCUUGGAACAGCUUUAGAGGUGGUGUGUGGCAAGGCCGGUCUGAGGAACUACGUGUGCCACACAAACUGUGCUGCCCUCACUGAGAAUAAAAUGUCUCUGUACAUGAAGAGCGCCCAGCUCAUUCUGAGAAUGCUUGCUGGAGGACGUGAGUGUCACGAGAUUGCACAAGUGGCCAAGGAUUUAAGCAGCAUGGUGCGGAACCCGAAAACGCCGGCAGUAGCCAUUGUAUUCAAUCGGCUUGCUGCUACCGAAGACAUGGGCACAUCUAUCGACAAUGGGAGACUGCCGCUCUUAGUGCCCAAAGCAAAGCUGUUUGGACGUGAGCAGGACAUUGCAACGCUCACAAUGUCGUUACUGGCGGACAGGCUCACCGUUAUCAUAGGAGAGCUAGGAAUGGGGAAAACAGCCGUCGCUGCUCAAGUCGCUAGCCAGUGCAGUGGAGAGCUGCCCGAGCAAUACUGGCUGUCUGGCACCUCACAGGCUAGCAUUCAGCUUGGUAUCAGCCGCAUUGGUCGCAUGAACACCCCUGGCGGCAUGCCAGUGACUAGUGGAGACCUAGCCAGCGCCGAGCACAGUCUCAUUGAUGUAGGCAUGAAGUACUUGUCGACGGCAAGCAACUUGCUGCUGGUCAUCGAUGAUGUUCGCAACCCCAGACUUUUGAUGUCUGUACUCCAAGUGCAGAACAUGCAGCGCCAUGCUGUCAUCUGCACAAGUCUCUCGACUAUGAAGUCCCAGUGGAUAAGCUGCACUCCAUCUGCGGCACUCCACGAGCUGCUGCCGCUGAGCACGCAUGAUGCCUUGGAUUACCUGGUGAGCAAGUGUCCAAAGCUGCGCGACGCCAGUGUGAUGCCGCAGCUACUCAGCGACGCCACCCUGUGGCGCUUUGUGGAGAGCAGCCUUUGCAACUGUCCGCUUGCGUUGGAGCUGACCGCCCAUGUGCUGAGCGACUCUGACACGACACAGGACAUAGCCAAGCAGAUUUACAUGGCGUGUGAUCCGGCAACAUCGGCUUCACUGGCUUCCAGCACCCCUCCGUUCCUUCAGGACAUUGCCGUCGGUGCUGGCAAGGCAAAGUCACUCCGGCUUCUUCAGGUGGGCAAGAAUGGCGAGAGUCGCUACUGCCGCAGCAUCGUGGCAACAACGUCGCUGCUGCUUGACCAGAUGUCCGAGUCGAAUGCUAUUGUUAUGGUGGCGCUGUCGUUUCUUGGCAGAGCAGGCUGCCAAAUCCCCAUCUUCAUUAUUGAGCGCAUCCUCAACUCAAUGCCGGCCACAGUGCCAGGGCUGGCAACAGACAUGGCCAAUGGAGAGGAUCAAUCACAAGAUACUGGCCACCAUGACCCAUCUACAGGGUGCAGCAAAGCAAAUUCGCAGCUGCACACCACCACUCUACACAAACUUCAUCAGCUUGGUCUGAUCACUUUCCAUGGUGACAUGAUCCGUGUGUCAAUUCUUGUCCAGCGCUCUAUUGAAGAAAUCCUGGUCAAAGAAUUCGACAGUGACACCAGCAGCCCGAGUUCAGAAGCCGCUGAGGCUCAGGAGUGUGAAUCUUCGUCGUUGGACUGGAAGUGGACCUCCCUUAGCAAGGCAGGUCUGGUAAAGCUACUUACCGGUAAUCUGCUCAAGUUCUUCCAAGAUCAGCAGCAGUGCAAUCGAGCAGAGCGGCAAAGAUAUGACAUCUCCUCCGUGCUCCCGUUGGCGGAGAGCAUGUUAGCGACGUGUAGCAAAAGUAUGGAGACUGAGCAACACUUGCAACUGCUGCUGUACUUUGCACGGCUCACGUACUCCUAUCACUCUGACUGGCAGACAUCGCUUCGCUACUUUGAGCUGGCCAAGGGAUUUGCUGAGAUUCUGGACCGCAGCGGCAGAGUGGGUGAGACUUGCUGCUCAGCCGCCCUGGUUCAGGCCGAGUAUGCAUCAAUGCUGUGGCACUGUGGCCAGGCAGAUUGUAGCAUACGGGAGCUGAACAAAGUUAUCAAUAUGCUGGACGCAAGAGCAUCUGCAGAGAAUGGCCAGUCACCGAGUGUCUGUCUCAAAGAGUAUUGUACUGGUCAGCACAUCGACACUGGGUGGUUCCGACAUGUGGCCCAGCAGGAGCUGUGGAAUGCGACCAUAUGCAACUGCCAGUCUGACCUUGGCUCCACACAGGUGAGAACCCCUGUGGAAAUGCUCAUAUCGCGGUCGACUAACCCCACAAGCUCAUCACAACUAGCAGCCGGGUCCGCUCGAUUGACCACUGGUCCAUUGUCCAGAACCAACAUAAGUGCACCUGAAACUGAGCCCACCAUUCCCGCUAGCUUCUGGGACGCGAUGCGAGUAUGGAGCACGCAGGAUGUGGCGAGAGGAAUUGACAUGAUCCUGGAGGUGACUGUAGAUAUCAUUCAACUAGCUGAAGAAGCUGGAGUCAGAUCCACACUUCAUCAAUUGGGUACCAUAAGCAUGCUGUUACAGUUCUGCAGCAUGGUGUCUGCCGAGGAGACGUUUGACUUCUGCAACACCCUGCUCGCGGAUGUGAGUGCACGUGUGCUCAAAGAGCUACUGCACAGUGAGGUGUCACCGCCGUGUGUUCACACAAUCCCCUCCUCUGCUGGGCGCGAGUGGGAGCUGACUGGUCGCUUCUAUGAGAAAUUCCUGCCCACAAUUCAGUCGGCAUGCCAGGUGAUGACUGCAUCACUCAUCAACACGGGCGUCACGGCUGGUUUCCUGGGCACGUUCUUGGCAGCUGAUGAGGCGGCUGUCCUACUGUGCAGAACAGCGCUACCGGUGGUGGUGGACCUACUCAUUGCCUUCUAUCGGGUGAUGACAACAGCCAUCCAGUGGCAUAUGCCGCCGGCCUUAUAUGGGGACUUCAUCCAAUCCUAUCACACAGAGCAGAUCCUGGAAGGAUGGAGACAGUACGAGUUGUACCAGCAUGCAUCACAGCCAGCUGCACGCCGAAUAUGGGGCCCGGACACCGAGCAAAUGAAAGGUUAUCAGUGGUUGGUCAGCUCCUUCAUGAAAGCACUCCUCCGCUCGCCGUGUCAAUCCAAGCACCUGGAGUACAGAAUGGACGGCACUCUGAGAGCCAUUGGCAAAUGGGUUGAGGGCCAGACUGAGUAUCCCGUGUACUCGAUGGGCGUUGACUCAGUAUUUGCGGAACGACUAUAUGACGAGGAGUGUGCUACAGCUGUCAAGACGGCACGAGCAGCCAGCAAGGGACGUGUUGGACCAGGCGUGUUCAUGGCAACGUCAAUGGCAGAGCAGAGUGACGGUGCAUCUGCUGCUGCAGCUGCUCCUGCUGUUGCUGCUACCAAAAAGCAGCAGCUUCAGAGGCAUCAGCAGCGACCACAGUUGGAUGUGUCUCUGGAUCAGUUCAUCGCAGAAGUGUGCAGUGAUUUGCACACGAUUGGUGUUCACGUCAAGCACGAUGUGCUGCUUGACCUGGCUAUAACCUCCAAGGCGUAUCAUCGUAGCACAUUGGUGAAUCUGGUGUUGGACCACAUGAACAAUACCUAUUAUUAG